AUGCAAAAGGUCAAGUCGAGAUUGCCCUCGUGGGACACGACCAAGAUCCAGGGCAAGAAGGGCUUCGACAAGGCCUGGGCACUGUUGGAUAAGCUCGGCGCGCCGGUCAACCGGUGGACGAACAAGAUUGGCAGCGAGGCAUUCUGGCCGACGACGCUGGAUAAGGAGACUUACAAGGCGGCCAGGAUUUUGAGAUCCUUCUGCAGUGAGCUCCCGCCCUCCCGUUUCUCACCUGACGAUUCUCCUUUUGUUUGCCCCUUCUUGUCCUGUCUUGACUCGGCUGACACGACGGCAGAGGAUGGCUUCUACACGGACGACGAGCCGUCCAACGUUCAAGGCGGGCCCGAAAAGGCGCCCAAGGUGGUUAAAAAGAUUCCGGCAAAGGUCGUAGAGAAUGCCGUCGGGCUGGCUAUAUUCACCACGAUGCGCACCGGGCUCUGGAUCUCGGGCGCCGGCGGAUCCGGCGUCCUUGUCGCCCGUCACGAGGACGGCACGUGGUCGCCCCCGUCGGGCAUCAUGCUGCACACGGCCGGGCUGGGCUUCCUCGUCGGCGUCGACAUCUACGACUGCGUGCUGGUCAUCAACAACCGCAAGGCGCUCGACGCAUUCACAAAGAUCCGCGCCACGCUUGGCGGGGAGAUUUCCGCAGUUGCCGGCCCCGUGGGCGUGGGCGGCGUGCUCGAGAACGACGGCAGGUGGAAGCAGGCCAACCGGCCCGUCUUCACCUAUCUCAAGUCGCGGGGGUUCUACGCCGGCGUCCAGGUCGACGGCACGGUUGUCGUUGAGCGGACCGACGAGAACGCCCGCUUCUACGGGGAGAAGAUUGGCGUGGCGGACAUCCUGGCCGGAAAGGCGAGCCACCCGCCGCCCGAGAUCAAGGUGCUCAUGGAGACGCUCAAGGCGGCGGAGGGCAAGGCGGAUGUGGACGGCGCCAUGAUGGACGAGCUGGACGCGCAGCUUGCGCCGGGGGACCUCAGUAUCCACGAGCCCGACACGGGCAUCUUUGGCGUCCCGGGGCCAGACGAUCCCGACCCGUACGGCGUGCACGCCCUGGAGAGGGAGGGCCUGGAGAUACUGGAGGCCGGGACGAGGCGGCGGCCGUCAAGCAUGCAGUUCGAGUACCGCCCCAGCCCGUCCAGCCCGACCCAUGGCAGAUUCUACCAACGGAGCAUGGAGACUGCCGUCGGAGGGACCAACGCCGUGGUUGCUGCGUCGGGGUCGAAUCCGCCCUCGAGGCGGGCCACCAAUGGGUAUGCUUCUUUGGACGCCGGGACGCAGACGGAUGAUAUCAUUGUUGUCAACGGCCGCUCCGAUGACGGCUUUAUACGGCAAGACGUACAGCACAGGGACGGGUCUCGCGAGCCCGACAACUUCUAUCCCGUCACAGACGGCGAGGACGACGUCUUCGUGAACGGGGGUAAUCCGUGGAAAUCGAGUGAGGUGGGCAGAGAUUCUGGCGUUGCGAUGGACGAGGCCGAGAGACUGAAUCUGGCGAGAGAGGCUGACGGGUCUGCGGGGAGGAAGACAGGGGAUGUAGACGAAGAAGCCCACGGGCCUGCAUCGCAGAAAGCCCGCCGUGAGCUGCCGCCAUUGCCACCGCGGAAGUUGACGUAA